UGAAGAUCACUUUGCGUUGUGCGGUACAACUGCGCGCAACACACACACAUACGCACACAGAGAGAAAGAGAGAGGGAGAGAGAGCGAUUAACAAAAGGGAGUCAUUAACUUAAAUGUGUACUUAAUGCAUAAGUCAAUAUAGCAAUUAAAUAAAAAUAAAGUUGUGCGCCAACUGACGCUUGCCGAAACACAAAAACAAAAAAACCCAGUUUGUAAAAUUUCAAUUCCGUCUUUGAAUAUCAAUGUCAAGUGCUGCUCAAUCGAAUCCGGGGUCACAAGUGCUCAGCGGCUGAUUAACCGUUCAAUAGAAGCGCGGAAAAAAUAACAAAACAAAAUACAAAACAACAAAAACAACAACAAAAAAGACUAAAAAAGGUGGAACGGCGCGAAACACGUUUCGCGUGUGCAAAACACAAAAAAAAACACAUAAAACAUAAAAAACAAUAAUAACAAAUAACAAAUAACUGAAAUAAUUGCCGUAAUCGUUUUGGAUGCAGAAAAACAGACACCGAAUUAAACAAAUAUAAAUACACAUAUAUAAUAAAAAAAAAAUACAGGGCCAGAAGCAGAACGCUGCUGUUGCUGCUGUUAUUGUUUCGUCAUCAAGCUGAAAUUCGAGCUCGAUCUCGAUCUCGCAUCUCGAAUCUCGAAGUCGAACGUCGAGCGCGAGCGCGGAAGCGUGUCGGCUUUAGCUCUUACCAAAUAUGAGCAAACGGCCUACAAAAUAAACCAGUAGCGUCGUAAUCCGAGCAGCCGUGACUUUUGCACACAGCCAAAUAACAGCACAAUUACAUAAAUCAAAUUAGAAAAGAGAAAAAAUAUCUCUGUUAUUAUUAUGGAGCGUUCGCACAGCUGCAGCAACUUUGAGGCGUCGCAUCAGGCUGCCAUGCCGCAUGCAACAGCAGCUGGCGGCGGCGUCGGUGGCGGCGGCGGCAGCAGCGACAACUUGCCACACUUGUCGCACUUUCCGCCCAACAAACCGUUGCGCAAGCGUCGCAAGCUGCAACGCCAGCAGCCAGUUCUGAUGGACAUGGACAGUGCCUAUGCCGCUGAUCUGGAGGAUGCAGAUCUGGAGGCGGAGGCCGAGGAGGGCACACUGAUGUUGCCACACUUGCCACACAACACGAACAACAGCUUGCCCGGCAAGCGCCAGUUGCGCCACGAGGAGUCCUUCGAUUCGAAUAGCACCGCCCCAGAGAUGAGUCCGCAGGCGGUGCGUCAACAUCGAUUUAGUACACUGCUCCUGCGCGACAGCUCGAUCUCGAUGCAAUCGGAUUCGAGUCGCUAUUCGAGCGUCGACAGUCUGCUGGAGUCACGCAAACCCGACCCGGAGGCGAUACUCAUCAAUCUGGGCUUUGGCCCCAUCGGCACCGAGGAUAUGCUCGCGCGCAUCCCCAAGCGUUUCCUCAAGCCCUCCAAGGUGCCCGGCAUCGAUACGGAGGCAUUUGUCAAGCGUCUCCAGAUGGCCAGCUCACUGGCCGAUUCGAGUGCGUUGGGUUAUCGGGGAUUGACCUCCAGCUCGGAUCAGCCGCCCUCGUCGAUCGUGGCCAAAAUCAUGGAACGCUUCGAGGUCAACAAUCAGCGUAAACAGUCCAUGGGCAAUAUUGAGCACACGAUACGCUGACACCUUAAUAUAUAUAUUUAUAUAUAUAUAUAUAAAUAUUGGCUAACAUUGGCAGCC